GUGAGGCGGGGCUGCGGGAGGCUGGGAGGCUAGGGAGCUGCAGUGUGACCGGCGGGAGGCGAGGAGGGGCGGGAGAAGCAAGAGAAGGAGCAGGGGCCCUCGAGUCCCGAGGGAUGAGGCUCGCUGGGCUCCCGUCCCGUAUUCGGGCAGCACCGCCCCGAGCCCUGAGCCCCAAGCCCUAAGCUUCUCCGGCCCCAAGCCCCGAAUGGCCGCAGCCCCGGAGCUCGCCUUGGACGUGAUGAAGCAGAUCUGUCUCUGCGCCACCGCCUCCUUCUCGAGCCAGGACUGGGGAAGGAAUGACGAGAAGCUGAUGCAGGCUGUGGAGAGUAACGACGCCACUCGAGUCUCUGCCCUGAUUGCCCGAAAAGGGCUGGUUCCUACCAAGUUGGAUCCGGAGGGCAAGUCCUCGUUCCACUUGGCUGCUAUGCGAGGGGCAUCUGCCUGCCUGGAGGUGAUGCUGGCCCACGGUGCCAAUGCCAUGAGCACUGAUGGCUCAGGUUACAACGCCCUCCAUCUGGCAGCAAAGUAUGGACACCCUCAGUGUUUGAAACAACUGCUGCAGGCAUCCUGUGUGGUGGACACUGCGGACAGCAGCGGCUGGACUGCGCUCCAUCACGCAGCGGCUGGUGGCUGCCUGGCCUGCUCUGAAUUGCUUUGCUCCUUCAAAGCCCAUCUGAACCCCCGGGACCGGUCAGGCGCAACCCCCCUCAUCCUGGCAGCUCAGAUGUGCCACCCAGAGCUGUGCCGGCUCCUCCUGCAGCGUGGGGCUUCUGUGAAUGACCGGGACCAACAGGGUAGGACAGCUCUGAUGUUGGCAUGUGAGGCAGCCAGCGCAGAGACAGUGGAAGUGCUGCUCCAAGGAGGUGCUCGGCCUGGGCUCACGGAUGCCUUGGGCCAAGAUGCUGCACAUUAUGGAACCAUAGCAGGGGAUGCCCUGAUCCUGCACCUCUUACAGGAAGCCAUACAAAACCAGGUUCUGACCAGUGAAGAGGAGUCAGCAGAAGUGUCUUCACAGACAUCUCAGUCCAGUCGGGAAAGGGCAGCAGCCCCCAAGAAGAGAAAAGCUCCUCUCCCUCCUGCUAGCAUUCCUGUCCCGGAUGACAGGGAGGCUUAUGAGGAAAUUGUACGGCUAAGACAGGAGCGGGGUCAGCUUCUCCAGAAGAUCCGGGGUCUGGAACAGCGGAAAGAGAAGAGGAGGCAGGAGCACCAGGAAGCUGAAGACAGCUCUCUACAAAGCCUGGAGAGACAGGUGCAAGAGUUGCAGCAACUGUUGGCUGAGAAACAGGAAGAGAAGGAGAGUCUGGGCCGUGAGGUGGAGAGUCUGCAGAGUCGCCUGUCCCUUCUGGAGAAUGACAAAGAGAACACCAGCUAUGAUGUGGCCACGUUGCAAGACGAAGAGGGAGACCUGCUGGACUACCCAGGGGUCGAUGGGUUGCUGUCCAAGGGGCUGAGCCCUGCUGCCCAGGAAUUGCUAGCCUCCCUACAGGACCAAGUAGCAUCACUUACUAAACAAAACCAGGAAUUAAUGGAAAAGGUCCAGGUCCUGGAGAACUUCGAGAAAGACCACAUGGACUUGGAAACCUCCGCAGACUUUGUUCCAGUCCUCCUCUAUGACACUCUGAAAGCAGAGCUUGAGCAGGUCCGAAGGCAGCACGAAGAAGCUCUCCAAGCUUUGCAGCAGAGGGGAGCUGAAGACUCGGCCCAGGGACCCCUGGAGAAGGAGAAAGUCAAGAAGGGUGGGACCCAAGGGAACGGGAAGGAGAAGGAGACGGACAGGAAUGAAGUGGAAGCCGAAAAAGACAGGGGAAAGGAGGGAGUAAAGGAGGGGGAAAAGGAUGAGAUUGAAGUGAAGGAGAUGGAAACAAAUGAGAAUUCAGUGAAUGGGAAAGAGGAGGAAAAGGAAGUGAAGAUGAAUGUGACAGAGAAUAACAAUGUGGAGAAGGAAGCAUCAGCUGUGGCCACAGCAUCAGGUGAGGACCACGAUGGGGUGGCAACCACGGACCAUGAUGGGGUGGCAGCCGCGGACACCGACCCAAAAGAACCCAAGAUUCCAGGGCCUUCUGCCCAUGAGAAGACCAAGGCCAGCCCAGCCGAGGCCUCGGAGCAGCUGCAGGAGGAGCUCGAAUCCCGAAUCCGGGCUCUGGAGGAGACUCUUCGGCAACGGGAGCGGGAGGCGGCUGCGGAGCUUGAGGCGGCAAGAGGCAAGUGCGAGGCCGCAGAGGCCGAGGCCGGCCGACUGCGAGAGCGGGUGCGGGAGGCAGAGGGUUCGGCCAGCGGCGGGGGCAGCAGCGGCGGGGGAGGGAGCAGCGGAGGCAGCGAUUCAGCGCAGCUGAGGGCUGCCUUGGAGCAAGCCCGUGAAGACCUCAGGGACCGCGACGAGAGGCUCCGGAAGCUAGAAGCCCAGGCUGAGCAGGCCUCAGCCCUGGAGGCAGAGAGGGACCAACUGCGGGCCGAGAUGGAGACGGCUCGAGGGGAGCAGCAGCGGCUGGAAACGGAGGCCCGGGAGCUGCGUGAGGCGCUGGAGCGCGGGGCCCGCGAGCAGCGGGAGGCGGAGGUGCAGCUGGAGAGCCUACGGGAGCAGCUGGCCUCCACGUGCGUGCCCCGACGCCAGCACCUGGAGACCGUGGAGGAGCUGGGCCGGGCGCGGGAGGCUGCCGAGAGCCGGGCGCACGAGCUGGAGAGCGUGUGCGAGGAGGCCCGGAGGGGCCUGGCCGAGCUGCGCGAGGCUUCCGAGGUGGCGGCCCGGGAACUCCGCGCCCGGGCGCAGGAGCUGGAGCAGGAACUCGUGGUCAAGGGCAAGGAGGCGGCGCGGCUGCAGGCCGAGCUGGACCGUGAGCGGGCCGGCAGCGUGGCGCGGUCCGAGCACGAGCGCGUGGCGGGCGCCCUCCGCGCCGAGGCCGAGCAGCUGGCGGCGCGCCUGGACGAGCUGGGGCGGCGGCACGAGAAGACGAGCGCCGAGGUGUUCCAGGUGCAGCGCGAGGCGCUCUUCAUGAAGAGCGAGCGGCACGCGGCCGAAGCGCAGCUGGCUACCGCCGAGCAGCAGCUGCGCGGCCUCCGCGCCGAGGUAGAGCGCGCGCGCCAGGCCCAGGGCCGAGCGCAGGAGGCCAUGGACAAGGCCAAGGAGAAGGACAGGAAGAUCACAGAGCUGUCCAAAGAAGUCUUUAACCUCAAGGAGGCCCUCAAGGGUCAGCCUGUUGCUCCUUCUCCAGAGGUGGCCACCCUCCAGGGACAGGUGAAGACAUUGCAACAGCAGCUGGAGGACACACACAAAUGUCAUAGCACAGUGGUGGCCUUGUAUCGGAGCCAUUUGCUUUAUGCCAUCCAGGUCAGUUUCCCCUCCCCGACUUGGGAUACAGGAGAUGGGGCAGGGUCCCUGGGCCUGAGCUGGCAGCAAGCAGAAGUGGGUUAAUGCCUAAAUUGUGGAGUUGUGGGACCAGGAAGGUGGAGGACUCUGAGGGGAGAAACUUGCCAGCCAGGACUGGCUUCAUGGUCUGACCUGGGGAGAGACCAUUUGGAUUACUGGGGUAUCGGGGUCGUAAGAGAAGCCUCAGAGGAUCCCAAAAGCCAGGUGGAACUUGUCAGUCCAGUAAUCAGAAGAUACUACUAAGGUGAGUUAAUUCCCUGAGCCAUUAUUUUUCAAAAUGCCCUGGAUUGUAAAGGGGAAGUGGGGCUGUUCCUUUCAUCUGGAGGUUGGUGCUGUUUCAUUCAUUCCCUCUCUCACCAGUGUGUGAGGAAGAAGAGUUGGCCCGCCCCCUAUCCCAGUAGUAACAUCUUCUCCACCCCAGGGUCAGAUGGAUGAAGAUGUCCAGCGAAUCCUAAAUCAGAUCUUACAGAUGCAGCGGCUGCAGGCACAGGGCCGAUGAGAAGACUGGGGCCCGAGUCUCACCCUCCUCACUCUGGCACUGCCCAGGGCACACCUUCUGGACCCUGGCAUCACUGCAGGGACGCUCUCCAAACACAGCAUACCUUUUGGACCCUGACACUGCCCAAGGCACACCCAGUAGAGCCUGGCACCAUCCCAGGACAAUCUCCAAACCAGCAGUCUCUGGACUUGGGGGCCCCUUGCCUUUAUGGCUCAUCUCACAAAUGCCCCCUUUCCCUAAGCUACCUGAACACACACACACACAUACACACACACACACACACACACACACACACACGAAGGUGGCAGCUUCCAGAGCCCCUAAAUCCUGUGACAAGCCUCUAGCCCACAGCCUCCCCAUCCUCAGGAACACCAAUAAAUGUAUUUAUACUCACAAA